UCUCUUUUCCUUCGACGGUUUUUCAAUCAUUAUUUCCUGACAUCGACAUUGAGCAAGAUGAAUAGCUUGGAGAGCAAUGAUUAUGACAUUGCUGCUGCAACCGCUAAAGAUGCUCGAGCACGUCGAGUAGAAUCCUCGAGACUUCGUAUUCUGCUGUUCAAGGGCCUGCAGUCAGAUGAUCCAGACGACCGAGCCAUCGCUCUUGAACGAAUCGUUGAUGUAACAAAAUCGUAUAUUCACGCCGCAUACCCACCCAACUCACCUUCCAAAGCAUCGGCCGCUUCCACUGAUACAUCUGCUCCAAAUACGCCCAACCCUGGACAAACGCACUUUGACGGCUACUUGUACGAGCAAGAAAAGACAUACCCGCAGCACCCUUCGGUGGAAAGUUUACGAGAACUCUCAGACAAUGACGCUGAGUUACCUUCUGAUCCCGAGACCGAAGAAGCUGCUGAAAAACUUCACAACUACUUGUUGACCAUCGUACGCUUGUCCAUUACCUGUCCAUUUCGGGAUGUUCGCAAGACGUUCAAAGACUUUUUGAGGAAGCUAAAGGAAAGCGCAAUCACCAUUCCAGAACCAGUCAACGUAUCACCUUCGUUCUUUGUGCAUCCAGAAGACGUCUUUUCACUCGAAUCCUCGUCAUCCGCCCAUGUGUUUUACCCUCGACCUGCCAAUAUCUCUAUUUCGCCCUGGUCAGACGGCGCAAGCUCCACCUUCAGCAAUGAUCACAACGAUACCAUCAUCAACGGCGGUCCUCUCGUAGAAGCUGACGAUGAAAAUUGUCACUCUGAUGAUGAUGAAGAAGCGCCUAUGGGACAACCUUCAGAUCAAUACAUUAGAGAUUUGAUGGUUAAAAAUUACUUAGACAGUGGAAGACUCUCCAACACUUUUCGACUCUUGGCGUUCUUUCCCACCUUUUUUGAAAAGUUCGAUCUUGCCUACCAUCAGAUUAUGCGAUCUUCAGUCGGCCCCUUGGAGCGAACCUGGAGAAGCUAUCUUGGCCUUCUGGCUGCUGCAGAACACAAGUGCCAAUACUUGGUGUCGCUUCAAAAGCUUUAUUUCCUCCAAUAUGGAGGCGAUCCAUCCUGGCUUAAGGGCAUUGACUAUGUUCCACUUAAACUUCGCAACAUUUCUACUCUCUUGGUCCUUCUGGCAAGGCAACCAUGGGCUCUGACGGAAAAUCACAUUCACGAUCUCUUGCACUGUAGAAAUGGCGGUAAUCCUGUUACUGAUUCUUGGACCAAAGGCGAAUUAAUCCAGGCCAUCGUUGUCAUUGCUACAUUCCAUAGCUUGAGCAGCUUUGUCCUUGGCUGUGGCAUUGUGCCUGAAAUCGAUACCCGAGGUGGCUAUUUUAUAGCUGGGGCUCCCCAAAACCAUCAAAGUGCUGGCAUCGAGCAUGAACUGGAUGAACAUAUCGUUGUACGACACCCUUUGCCCAAUGAACACGACGCCUUCAAAGCUGCAGCCUCCGCCACCGGCUGGAACGAUGAUUUGGAUGAGAAUCAGCCUGUCGCGAAGCAACCCGAGGCGUUCUCAUCUGAUAUGGGACUCGGCCUUGGCGUACGUUUAUUGGAGGGUGAUGAAAAUUGGGAAAAGCAGCAAUUUGGUGAAGCAGGCGAAGAAGAGGCCACGGAUGAAGAUGACCUGUCUAAUCCCAUCAGCUUGAGACGUACGAGCGUACUCAUUUCAAUCCUAAAGAAGAAGAAGGAUUCUGGUCUGAAAGAUUUUGUCACCGAAAGCCUUGCUGUUGCGGAUGAACGUCCCGAGACUGUACCAGAGGAAACAGUGGAUGACGAAGAAGAUGAUCAUCAUGUUUCGUUUGCAGAAUCGCCUUCUCGAGCUUCCCGCAUCAGUGCCUUGAGCAUUCAUACCAAUGCAUCCUCUGAUAUCUCUUCCUCAACGACUCAUUGUAGCAAGUUGUCAUCUAGAGCUAACAUCGUCCUUGAGGACCUUGAUCGUUUUAUUGAUCCAUCUGCCAACGCUAAAAUUCAGCGUACCAAGUUCAGCCAAAGCGACGAUAACAAUGAGUUCAUGCUAAGCGAAUACUGCUGGGAAGACGAAGGCUGUGAUAUCAUCAACCAGUUCCUUCCUGGUAUUGGUGACUGUCUUGAUGCCGAGUUCGAUGAAGUCGUCAACAUUAGCGAUUGGAGCAUUUUCCACCAGACCGAAAGCUCAGUCGAUACUGGACCACUGCGUAACGCCAUGUGGUAUUAUGCUCUCAAAUUAUUUGGAGUCACCAAGGAAGAUUAUGAUUAUUCGGAUAUCUCCACAUACCUUACCAAUCAAAACAAAGCUUACAUCCAGAAGGUGUGCUAUUCACCUCAAGAAAUUCGCUAUCACGAUUGGAAGAAUUUUGGCUUAAGCCUAAGAGACGAAGAAAAAUGCCAUGUCAAUCUAUUGACCGUCCAAGCCAAAAAGCAGGCCAUUCUCAUCUAUGGCCUUUCUACCAUUUCUCAAAUCUAAAAAGUACUCCACCAACCUUCCAACCAAAAAACGAAAUAUAGCUGAGCAGAUCCCGUCCACCAACAAGCAUCACACCAAGCACAUACAAUACACUCUGUGCUGAGGAACCACCCUGCCUCAGCACAUAUCAUUGCACAUUCAACCUCUUUUUUUUUUUAUACAUACAUAACAAAUUUACUUCUUCCCCCCAUAUACUCUCCACCCAUCCCACCUCACUUCUGUUCUUUCAUAUCCUUUGGAAAUAAAAAAUUGGCAGUCACGAAAAAAGA